AUUACUUCGUACACGACGUAGUAAACUUCAAAAAGAGCUAUUGUCCGCCGUCGAGAUGGCCACGGUCGCAAUUGACUUUUUUCCUGGGGUAGCCAGCGUCUCACAAGGUCAUCGAGAAUCGAUCGAUCUGCUACGUGCUCAAAUCGUCAAGCAUUGGAUUGUUUGAUUGCUUGUCACUGUCCACAGUAAUUACCCACUAUCAGGUACAUCCUGAGGUAAUUCAUCUAGGCCAGCCAGACCCCACGCAAUGUCCCGUCUUCUCCAAGUCGCGCUUUGCGCCUUGCCCUUCGUGGGCUCAGUCGUCUCCGCUGAAGACGUGCUCCACAGUCGCCGUCUUAACAAGCGCUUCAUCGACGACGAGGGUCAUUACAACAUCUCCUUCUACCACAUCAACGAUGUUCAUGCCCACCUGGACCAGUUCUCGUCUUCUGGCACCGACUGCACCAACCCUGCUGGUGGCUGCUAUGGAGGAUAUGCUCGCGUCAAGCACGUCGUUGACCAGACCCGGCCCGACCACCCCGACAGUCUCUUCCUCAAUGCCGGCGACGAGUUCCAGGGCACGCUGUUCUACUCGUACUACGGAGGAGAGAAGAUUGCCGAGACCCUCAACCAGCUGGGUUUCGAUGGCAUGACGCUCGGAAACCACGAGUUCGAUGGAGGUGACGACAAGCUCGGCGCUUUCCUCGAGAACCUGACCUUCCCUAUCAUCUCGGCCAACAUUCAGAGCUCCCACCCGGCGCUGAACAAGACCAUCAAGCCGUUCCACAUCUACGAGCAGUAUGAUCUGGCCGUCAUUGGUGUGACGACCGAGACCACGCCGGGCAUUUCGCGCCCUAGCAACCUGACCACCUUCAGCGACUCGGUCAAGGCUGUCCAGGACACCAUCGACCACAUCCGCGCCACCACUGACAUCAAGCGCAUUGCUGCCCUCACGCACAUUGGAUACGACGAGGACAAGCGUUUGGCAGAGCAGACCUCGGGCCUGCACCUCAUCAUGGGCGGCCACAGCCACACGCUGGUUGGAGACAUGCCCGGCGCCGAGGGCCCUUACCCUACCAUCGCCACCAACCGCGACGGCGAGGAGGUGUUUGUCGUCACCGCCUACCGCUGGGGUGAGUACCUCGGCUACAUUGACGUCACGUACGACUCGGAGGGCAAGAUCCUGGCCUACCACGGCGCUCCCAUCCACCUCACCAACCAGACGGAGCAAGAGCCUGAGCUGCAAGCUCAGAUCGACGCCUGGAGGGCUCCGUUUGCCGAGUUUGCUGCCGAGGUCGUCGGCUUCAGCAACGUCGAACUUGACCAGACCACCUGCCGUACCCGCGAGUGUCUCUUGGGCGAUCUCAUGGCCGAUGCCAUGGUCGCCUACCGCAAGGCAGUCACCACGGAAAUCGACUUUGCCUUGAUCAACGGUGGUGGCGUCCGCGCCACCAUCCCCGCCGGCAACAUCACCCGCGGUGGUGUGCUUACCUCGUUCCCCUUUGGCAACACCAUUGUCGACUUGACCAUCACCGCCUCAGACCUGUGGCUCGUCCUCGAGGGGCUCGUGUCGGGCGUCAACCAAUUCAACCAAAAACCCGUGACAUCCUACCCGCAGGUGUCCAAGGAGAUCAACAUCGUCUACGACCCCAGCGGCCCCGUCGGCAACCGUCUGCGCAAGGUCACCAUCAACGGCGAGCCGCUGACCAAGGGCGACACGUCGGGCAAGGUGUACCACGUCGUCACUCUUGACUUCUUGGCCGGUGGUGGCGACAACUUCUUUGUUGCCAGCUCGGGCUUUGCUACGCUGGAUGCGCAGGAUGUGGUGCUUCUGGAGUACCUGCGCGACAACAACCCCAUCGACAUCAAGCUGGAUGGUAGGAUACGCACUGCAUCUUGUGCGGCCAAGAGGCGGACGAAGCGCGCCGCUGCUUUGUAGACAGCGAGUUAUGUCUUGUACAUCUAAAUGCCCUCUUGUAGGAUGAACCAUAUACGUGGUAGUUUAUAGAGAAAAUACGAUGUAAGCUUUAAUACACCAGGCAUGACGAUCGGGCGCAGUUUCGUCCGAUGAACCAAAGUGAAAGAGAAACAGGGUUCUCGUGUCCGGAUGCAGCAUAUUACCAGAUGCGUAGCC